AUGGCUGGACUUUUACUUACACCUUUUUACGCAGGACUUACAGUUUUUAUUUACGUCCUACUUGGGCUAAUUGGUGUGCCAAUUUUUGCAGGCUUAACUGGAGGCUUUCAAUCUGUAUUGAAACCAAGCUUUGGUUUCUUAAUUGCUUUUAUAAUCGGAGCAGCAUUUAUAUCUAAGUUUGCUCACGGCGAAAAAAACUUUGGAAAAAUUAUGGUGGUCUUAGUUCUUGCAGAAGUUAUCUUCUAUGUAAUCGGACUUCCAUAUAUGGACUACAUCUUAAAUGUUGUCAUGGGUAAAGGCAUGGACAUUUCAAAAGUUUUUUCUGUUGGAAUGAUUCCUUUCAUUAUACCUGACAUUGUAAAGGCUAUAGUAGCAGCUAUCAUUGCCCCAAGAAUUUUAAAGGCAAUCAAAUAA